AUGCAACAAAAUUUCUUCUGUCUCGACUUAGUAACAGCAAAUGCUUUUAGUUUAUGUAAGACAUACAUAAGUUUAAAAGUUGAACAGUCCCCAGGUCGAUCAUUCCGGCGACUGGAUCCGUUGAAAUCUGAGUCGAUUCCAGCAGGUUCCUUGCCGCCGGAUUCCGGCCGAAAUUACACAGGAAAUAUCCUAUCUGUUCCUGACCGUUUCCAGCUCGAAGUUUGCAGGAAACGGUCGGGAAACGACUGGAACCUACAUUUGAGCUUCGGGCCGGAAUCCGGCGGCAAGGAAAUGGUCGGAAAACGAACCUAA